GGGAGUUUUCUUUUCAGAGAUGGGCUCAACAGAGAAAUAUGAAGAUGAUCUCAGCAAAUAGUGGCUAAAGCUUGGAGUUUUGUGGCAGAACUAAUUAUACAAAAUAACCUACAAUUAUGCCUGUUCCAAAAAGAGAUAGUCAACACAGGACCCGUGCAAGGGGCAUAGCAAGGCCAAGGGAUGGUUCCCUGGAUCACAAAGGGAGGAAAAAGGACCCUAUCCCAGCAGCCAAUGUGGCCUCUGUUCUCUCACUACCACCACUAUCACCAGCCUUCAUGUAUGAGCCCCAGCCAGGUCGAGCCCUCAGCACUGGAAACCUCUCCCCUGCUCCCACUCCUCUGUCCAUGGUGGAGCUCCCUCGCCUCGUGGCAGAGGUGGGUCCUGAGCUGGCCAUGGGGGAGUCACUGUGGAUGGAGGGACCUCGUCUGAUUGCUUCAGCGCUGGGGACUGAUAUCCCUGUCAAAGUUACUCAGGUGUCAUUCGAGGAAUCUGCACUAGACAGCUUUACAGGUCAUGGAGACGUGUCCCGGGUAAAGACUGCUGAUCAAGACAAAGAGACAGAAGCAGGAAAAGAUGACAAGCACAGAGAGCCUCUGACUGGCACAGAGGUGGUGGAAAUCUUUGCAAAGAAAAGACAUCUGGGAAAGCUUCAGUUUUUCCACUUGCAAGCUGUGAACAAUGGCCCAUUCAGACCGUAUGACCUUCGUGUGGUCCCUCCCAAUAGAGCAGGCACUGAGCACUUCAUCUUCUCCCCCACCUCUGUGCUGCAUGUGCAGGAUGGAUGCAGUGCUGGGCUCCUUUCUCUGGCAGAGUGGCAUCGGGAGGCCGUACUGUGGAGAGCCUUGCAGGAUAUCCAAUUUUUCAGGAACUAUUUACUUCGUAAGGCAUUCAUCAGAUGGCAUAGAAGCGUGUGUAAGAUCACUCUGCAGAGGAAGUGUGAAGUACUGCAGGGUCUGCUACUCAUGGCUGUACCCCAGUUCAGAGACGCUCUCUUUCAAUUCUCCAGACUGAUUGAAGAACUAAAAGGGGUUCACUGGUUGCCACAGGAUGAAUGCAAGACCUACACCCUUCUGGACUUCCAGAGUGCCCUCAUGAAAAAGAACCAGGAGUGCUGUAGGCUUCUUGAGAUAUUCUUGCAGUAUCGUGCUCUCAUCCUCAACAUGGUCCAGGAGGACAGCUAUGGGUCUCACCAGGAGCUGCAGUUACGUGUUGAACACUCCCAGCUCAACCAGCGCAGCCAGCCCCUGUACCUCCAGCUGGCUCAUCUGAGGGACCUGAGGAAGGAGCUGGGCCGGGCAGAGUAUGUCAUGCAGCAGCUGGGAAAUAUGGCCGCGCUGGCCGAUCAGAUGAUCGUGCAGGGUCUCGUCACAAUCACCCACCGAGAGGUCACUUCUUUCCUCAACAACGUCAUGAAGAGAGAGCAGCCACAGCAGGGGAGUCUGUUCCAAGCAGAGCUGAUAUUCGGAGCAGACGGUCAGCCGACUCUGUUCCCACCCAUGCACUUGUUCCAGGAGGUGCUGCGAGGGGCACUGCUGUCAGUUGCAAACUCUGCCCUUCAGGUAUUUGACACUUGUAGUUACUCUCUUGAUGCCAAGGACAGUGUGUCUACCAGCACCUCCCUCACCAGUGCUGCUCAGGAGCUAAGCCCUGACCUAAGCAUGGCCUGUACCAGUGGAACUAAUUGUAUCACAGCUUUUGGGGAGAAGAACAGUGAGCCGACUGGUGUCAGCAGCUUCUCCUCCAAGCGGGAGCCUCAUUGUGUUCUAUCAGCUCCCAGGCUGGUGCUGCCCAAGCUGACCCCUCUGAUGGUCCAGGGCCAGAGGCUGAGAGGGCAGUACUACCCCCUGUCCAGGAAACAGCUGGAAUGGCAGCUCAGCCUCAAUGCUGGAGCUAAGGAGGUCCAGAGAGAGCAAGCCAGGAUCACACAGGAGGCUGGGCUUGAGAUCCAGCAGCUGUGUGAGGGACACUCCUGGUUGGUUGACAUCCAUCUGUUCACCAGCCAAUGGAGUCCAGCUUCUCUGGAGACCAUGAGGGGCAUGCCUGCCUUACACUACGAGGAGCACAUUCAGAAGGUGCGCUUCUGGACUGACAGGGUGCGUUCAGUGCCCCCCUCUCUCACCACCUUCAACAAGCUGCUCAUCGUUAACUGCUCCCACAUCCAGGAGAAGAUAGGGCCUCUGUUGAACUCCAUAGAGGAGGAUGUGUUGACUCUGUUGAUUGAGGAGCUGAAGCUGCGCUCAGAGAACUUGAUAUUAGAACUGAAGAGAGCUGUGGAAGGUCUUAGGGUGGAACCCACAGACUUCAACGACUUCACCCACUAUGCCAGCAUGGUGAAACGCUGUGCGAAAAUGUCUGAUGACAUGCAACAACAACUGGAGUAUCUACACUCGCUCCAGGAAACCGUUCGCACCAACUACAGACAGAUGACACCAGAUGAGCUGUUAUUGGAGGAACAGAUGCUGGACCUGUGGGACAUUUUUGUUCCUCUCCUGAAGCAGGGAGCAGAGACAGUGUGCCAGCGUCUUCCCUCUAUGGCUGACACCCUGGACAACACCUUCUCCUCCCUGGCCCACGACCUGGACGAGAUGGUGACCAAAGCCACCUCUGGACCAUAUCUGGACCCCACUCAGAAUGCUGCACAAAUGCUCAACAAGCUCAAGAUCAUGUGCAGACAGGUGAAUGCUGUCUCUGCUCACCUGACAGAGCUCAGCAGGACCAGUAAAAGUCUCAGAGGAAACCCUCUGGAUUUGACUUUUGUAACAGCAGCCAGGCAGAAGAUGGAAGCUCGCAAAGGACUGUGGGAGCUGAUGACUGUUUCCGCUGCCCAGAUCCAAGAGUGGAGGCUGCUGCUCUUCAGCAAGUUUGUUGUGUCGAGAGCCCAGGAGAAGGUGGAUGAGUGGCUGCAGCAGGCAGUAUCCCUGGCCAGGACCAUCCCUUCCCAAGAUGCUGUGCUACAGGAGACCCUGGGGAUCCUUGAGCGUUUCAACCAGCAGCUCCCUGUGCUGGCAAAACUCAGCAGCCCCACACUCAAACACAAACACUGGAGGAACAUCUUCAAAGGUAUGGGGUUACUUUAUGCACCAGAGUGGAACCUCACUGUAGCUGACCUGAUGUCCAAGAAGCUGAGAGAGCACCAGAAUAAGAUCAGCAAGAUUUGCCAGGAGGCGAAGGCAGAGGCGGACAUGGAACAGGCCUUCAGGAAGCUUCAGAGACGAUGGGAAGCGGCACUGUUCCGACUGGCCAAGUUCAUUGUUACUGUGUGGCAGGAAGAUAAACCACAACUUGGUGCCACACGGAGAAAGAAGCCCACUAAUGGCCUGGUCUCAAACUACCAAACCCCCAAACAGCACUCUCGUGACAGUGGCACCUUCACCAUCAUUGGUCUGGAGACACUCCUGGCUCAGACAGAGGACAGUGUGAUGACUCUGUCCAACAUGCUGCUCUCUCCUCACGUUGCUGAGUUCAGGCCGGAGGUGGAACACUGGGUGCAGCUGUUGCAAGAACUAGAGGAACUGCUUGAUUUCUUUGAAAGGUACCAGCAGAAGUGGGUCUUCCUUAGCAAAAUGUUCUACGAGACAACUGUCAGUGUUCAGAAGGCAGAACUGUUGGACAAGUUCCGUCCUGUGGAUAAGACCUUCAAGGAGAUUAUCCAAACUACACUAAGUGACCCCCACGUGCUGAACAUAGUGCGGCUCAGGAAGACAACAGAGUUGACUUGCUGCUUCCAUGGACACUGCCUCCGUGUUCUCCUUGUAGAGGGUCUGUCCACCAUGGAGGGUAUCUCCAACCAGCUGCUGUACCUCCUGGGCUCACCCCGCGGGGAGUUCCCUCGCCUCUGCUUCCUGAGCGAUGGGGAGGUGAUCAAACUCCUCUCUCUCCACCCCACGCCCUCCGCUCUGCUCCCUCUGGUGCGUAAGUGUUUCCGAGGGGUGCGCUGGCUGGAGGUGGACAGCAAAACUGACAUGCCCCCUGAUGUGACAGAUCUGAGUAGUGGCUUGGAUCUCUCUGACACCCAGAUGUGUGUACAUGGGGUGUAUGGGAGUGCCAGGGAGCAUGUGCCCUUCCUCUGCCCUCUGGAGCCCAACCUCAACCCCCUGGUGUGGCUGUGUCUCCUGGAGCUGCAGCUCCAACAGGCCAUGAUGCAGCUCAUGAAGCAGUGUGCUGUGGCACGACAACAGGUCGAGCUGUUGGAACUGGACCCGGAACGGGAGAAGAAAGUUGGGGACUCCCCGUCACCUGACCCAUUUCGCUACACCAGCCCAUCAAACUCCCUCAGAAAGGAGGAGGGUAAAGAAGCAAAAAGCAUGAACGAUUUGUCUUCUAUGUGGAGUAUACUCUCUGAGUACCCACUGCAAUGCCUACUAGUGGCUGAAGAGGCUUUAUGGUGCAGUGAAGUUCGGAGGGCUUACCAGGCCUCAGCUCCGGUCAAGUGGCCCCGCAUCAAGGCACAAAAUGCUUCCAAACUCCAGAGCUUGUGCCAAGCCAUACAAGACGGUAUCACGGGUGAUAUUGACAAAUCAAUGACCACCCAUCGCAUGGUGACAGUGCUGCAUGCUCUGGUUUUACUCACCAUGAAUCACUCUCAACAGUUAUCUAGGCUCAUGGAGGUAAAGUGUGACCUCGAGUCGUCUUUUGAGUGGCAGAGUUUGAUGAAGUACCAUCUGAUUACAGACACUCAGACUGAGUCAACAACACAAGAGGGCCACCAUGAUUUGUGCUAUGUUGAAAUCUUGGGCACCCAGCUGCCCUAUGGUUACGAAUACCUUGGCCCAGAGCACUGGAUAUUAGUGAACACACCCUCCACGGAUAGAGCAAUACUGGGGAUCCUCCUGGCUCUGACCAGCUACAGGUGUGGCUUUGUGAGCGGACCUUGCAUGUCUGGAAAGAGGAAGACUGUGGUUCAGUUAGGAAGAGCACUGGGACGUCAGGUCAUCUCCUUACAGUGUUGUGUCAAUACAAGUCCCUCUAUCGUCCAGCAGAUGCUGUUUGGGGCCCUUCAGACCGGGGCCUGGCUGGUGCUGGACUGUGUAGACCUGAUGACUCAGGGAGUGCUUUCCCAACUAGGGCAGCAUCUUUCAGACAUUCACCAAUCCCUGUCCUUCCUGCAGAGAAAUACUCAGCAGAAAGGCUUUGAGACCCACACCAAGCCUUCAUCCAGUUUCACCUACCCAAACGGAGAUGGUACAGUUUCACCAAGAGACAGCCAUGGCAACAUUCAGAAAGAGUGCAAGAAGUCUAAUGAACUUGAGUGCCAGAUGUCUUUUUCUGGGAAAAACAUAUUUGCCAAACUGAGCUAUGGCUGUGUAAUCAUUUCAUCAAGAGGAUACACAACAGAGGUCCCAGAUAAUCUGCGAGUGGCGACCAGGCCCAUUUCGUUGGCCCACCCUGACUACAGGAUCAUCACAGAGGUCAUGCUAGUCUCCCUGGGCUUCUCAGAUGCUGUGUCUAUAAGUCGACGGCUGAUCUCCCUCUUUAGCCUAGCCAAAGACUCCCUCUGUCUCCCUGAAUCUGUCAGUGGUGAGCAGACAUCCUGGAUGGUUCUUCUCAGAAACGUCAUCGCUGCCUCUGGGACACACCUACGCAGCAACAGCCGGCUGGAUGUGCAUAUGGAGAAAGUGUUGAGGGAGGAACCUGACGCUCCUAGGCUUCCUCUGGAUGGGAUACUCAAACCACCUGAGACAGUUGGAGGAGACAAAGGUCCCCAGUCUACCCACUACAAGCGUGCCAACCAGUCUGCUGCCCUCAUUCAAGCUGUGUUGGAGGAGCAGGCUGUUGUCAACAGCGUUUUGUCAGUCCUACUAUCUGCUAUCUUUGAGCAGAAGAAAGCCUCACAGUUCCGCACCAUAUUUGAAGAGAUCUUUCCAAUGGCGCGUUCCCACCCUAUUCUCCAACAGUACAUUGAGGAGGAAGGGGAACAGAACCUACUGAAGAGCGCAGUUACAGAGGAGCUGCAACAAAUAGGGUUCCAUGCUGAUACCAGAGUGCUGCGCAAUGCACUCACCCUCUACCAGGCUAUGAAGCUCUCCAGAGCAGUUCUUCUUGUUGGCCCUGCUGGGAGUGGAAAGACAACCUGCUACCGUGCCCUGGCCGGAGCACUGUGUAGACUGGCAGCCAGGGCAGAGGAGGCCGAGUUUGAUGAGGAUCUCACCAGUGAAGGAGAUGGCACGGAAACUGAUUACCAGUCCUCUACUUCAAACUGGAGCUCCGUUGACACCGUGGUCUUAUUCCCCAAUGCUUUGUCCCACGAGGAGCUUUUUGGGGGCUGCUAUGAACAGCAGGGGUCCUGGUGGGAUGGCGCUUUCACAAAAGUACUGAGAGACUCAGAGCGGCAUGACUUCUCAGCCACCGCCACCUCUAAAAAGAAGAAGAAGGGGGGUCAAACGAGGAAGGGGAAGUGGCUGGUGAUGGAUGGAGAGCCACUGGGGCAGCCUGGUUGGUUGGACCCCUUCAGCACCCUCUGCAAUCCUGAGGAUCCCUUCCUGUGCCUCUCCUCAGGAGAGAAGGUUCGGCCAUCCCACAAGGAGCUGAAACUAUUGGCAGAGGUCACAGACCUGGGAGAUGCAGCCCCUUCUGCAGUGACCCGCUGCAACCUGGUGUAUCUCUCUGGGAAGGACCUGUGGAAGGCUGUGUGGAAGGUCGAAAUGGAUGCUCUCUACAGAGAGCACAGUCUGGAUCAGGGGACCCUGAAGAUGUGGAACCGUUUGGCUGAGGACCUUUUCUCCAGCACACUCACUUUCAUUAGGCACAAGGCACUCACACCUGUCAUGCAGGGUGAGGGAGAUGGAUCCAGUAAAUUCAGUAAAGGCAUCACUUAUGGACUGCAAGAAGUGAAUUCAUUCAUUAGGAUUCUGCAUGCCCUUCUGGAGCAGUUUGGGAAAGGACAGGGUUUAAAAGCUACACCAAGGACGACAGACAAAAGAGAAAUGAACCCAGUUGGAGCUCACCCGACAUGCACAGAUGCCCUGAUCCCUUCCACUCAGCAAGAGAUUCAAGCCAGGAACCUCUUUCUGGUGGCCUAUAUCUGGGGCUUUGGCGGACACCUGCAUCCCAGACACUGGCCCCAGUUUGACCUGCUAGCUCGUGAGGCGCUAUUUGAGAGCCGGUACAGAGUGGAGGUUCCCUCUGAGGGGACGGUCUUUGAACACUUUUUUAACCUGAGUGAGGGGAUGAUGGGAGACACUAGCAACCCCAUCAACUGUUCCAGGAGCAAGAGCCCACAGAUGGCCUACACAACUGUCCCCCAGUAUGAGAAAUAUGCCUACCUGCUGGACCUGAUGUUGGAGGCCCACCAGCCAGCGAUGCUGGUGGGAGAGGCAGGCUCAGGGAAGACCAUGCUGUGUCAUUCUCUGUUAAGUCAGGACAGGCCACACAUCCGCCUGCCUGCCAGCCCACGCCUGAGAUCCACUGACCUGCGCAACGUGCUGGAGAGCAUGGGCUGCCAGAAGACCCGGCUAGGAACAAUGGGUACUAUGCUCAAACAGCCUGGACUGCUCCUGUUUGUGGAUGACCUCCAUGAAGCUCCCUGUGAUGCUUUUCGAAAGACGUCCAUGGCUCUGGAGACACUGCGGCAGUGUAUUUCUCGGGGCGGCGUUCUAACUUCAGAUGGUUAUCAUUUCAAGCUGUUUAGUUCCGGAGCUAUCAGCUACUUGGGUACCUGCCGCACAUCAGGAGUGGGCAACCAAUCAGAUUGCAAUCAGAUCUCCUCCCGCCUCUCACGUCACUUCUCCAUCUUGGUGCUGCCUAGUUUGUCUGUAGAUGUUUUAUUCUCCAUCCACUCUCCACGGCUACAGAACUGGCUCAAAGAGUUCCCAUGUAUGCCCAGGUACACGGAUAUGGCACGAUGUAUCAUCACUGCAACCUUAGACCUGUAUUAUGCCGUGUGUGAGGAGUUCCAACCCAACGUCCACAGGCCACACUUCCUCUUCUCCAUGCAUGACCUGCAGAAGGUGUUUCAGGGAAUAUGCUUAUGGGCACCGCGUAACUCUAACAGACAACCACUCCAGAAGAAGGUUAGCCUCAGGGUUGUUCACUCUUCCUCUGCCCUUCCUAGCUUUGCGCCAGCCACACUGGGCCCUGCAGCCAACAUGCUCAACAUAGCUCGUCUUUGGAUGCACGAGUGUCUGCGCACAUUCGGUGACCGGCUGUGCUCAGAGGACGAGGGCCAAGCUCUGGUAUCACUGAUGGCCAAGGUGUCAGAGAGACACUACAGCAGCAGGAUGAGAGUUAAACCCCAGACUGCCAGAGCAGAGGACACCCCAGGUGCUGCAUCAACUAGGCCUAGCACAUAUACACCCCCUCCUACACCAACAGACUACCAGAAGUCAAGCCAUCAGCGACCAUCCACUCCAAAGCAUCCUGCCAAGUCCCCUUUGCCCAUGAAGGCCGAAACAAUCACAGAACAGGAGGAGCAAGCAGAGUUUUCUGACAGGGUGAGCAGCUCAGACUCCAGCUCAUGGGGCAGUAGUGAGGAUGAUUUAUUUGGUGAGAUCUACCCCAAGAAACAAGAAAAUGUCAAGAAAAAGCAUGUGAAGAAACCCCUCAAGGAAGAUAUGUCUUUCUUUCAACUGACACAGCUCACAUCAAGCUCACAUCAAGCCCUGAACCCCUCUCCUCCAAAAGGACCUAAACCAGUCAAUCAGUCAGACUGGAAGAGGAGCCAUAAACUGUGUGAACAGACCCCACAGACUGAGCCUAGCCCAGCCAGGUCCCUUGUGCCUUUACAACUGCUGCAGGACAUGGAGACUGCUAUUCAACAUGUGGUCUUUAGUGUAGAGCUAUUGGAGCCACUCCCCUCCAUGUCUCAGCAGCACAAUUUCAAACGCAACUCUGCCUACCUGGAAAGAGACCUGGGGUUACUAGUUCAGCAGCUGGCUUUCACAGUCAAAAGCAAAGAGGAGGAGGAAGAAGAGGAGUUUGAUGAUAACUACAGUAGCACCUCUUGUUACACUGUGCACAGGCAGAGGGUAUGUCAGCUGGUGCACGUUCUCAGGGCUCUGCUCAUACCUGGCGGGCAUGGGGCUCUGUUUGGGGCCGUGAGAGGCACAGGCCGAAAGACCACAGUGCGUUUAGCUGCCUAUCUCACUGGCUAUCAGCUGAUGGAGGUGCAUCCUGGGAAUGAGAGUCAGUUGCGCGAGAUGUUGCGGGAGGCAGGUGGCCAGGCAGGCGUGCACGGUGGCAAUGUGGUGAUACUUGUCCACGAGGAGACCAGUCAGGCCGCCAGAGAUGAACUGUUAGUGGUGAUGGCUGACGGGACCUUCCCAGGGCUCUACUCUGACGAGGAGCUGAAGAAUCUGGUGCUGAGAAUCAACGCUGUCGUCAAGAACUCACGCAAUCGCCUACGAGAUGACCAGGCCCUUGAGAAGUAUUUCAGACAGACCCAGAGGAAUGUGCAUGUGUUCCUGCUGCUGCCCUUCUCCCCAGACACAAGUGAGAUGCAUCCUGAGAACGCCUCAGUAACCCUGGCAGUGGCACACAUGACCAAGGCUCUCAGCCUCUGCUGCUGUGUGGAGGUAUACCAGCCUUGGUCCACCCAGUCCCUUGUUGAGGCAGCCUCUCGUCGCCUCAGAGAGAACCUGCAGAUACCCGACACAGAAAGCAAAGUGGACAGAGAUGGCUUAGUGGCCAGUAUUUCUGAGGCCAUGGCAGGGAUCCACCAGUCUGCCUGUAAAUACGCCUCCAUCCUCCACCCGGACCUCCAGCCUUUCAGCCCCCAGACCUUUUUGGAGCUGAUCGCUCACUUCUUCCACCUCUGCAGCCACCUGUGUGAACAGGGCCGGGGCCAGGCUAACAGAGUGUCAACAAUCUUGGCCCGUGUGAAAGACAUGACAGACACAGCUGAGCAGCACAGCCAGGAAGUUGUCAGAUUGAAGAGGAAGAUUGCAGAAACAGAACAGUGCCUGUACCCGCUGCAGCGUGUGACAGACACAGAGCGAACACUGUGUGAGCGAGCCCGGCAGCACUGUCUACUGGAGGAGAACAGACUAUCUCACCUGGAGGAACAGACUCAUCAGGCCCAACAGCAGGCAGAGCACGCCUUCAAGGAGGUGAGUCCUCUGUACCAGACUGCACUCGAUGCUCUUCAGUCUCUGAGCACAUCUGGCCUGGUUGAAGUGCGACGCUACAGAUUCCCCCCAGACGGAGUGAUCAUCGUUAUGGACGCCAUAUGCCUGUUAUUCAACCGCCCACGCAACUGGGAGAGCAGCAAACAGCUGCUGGGACAGUCCAACUUCUUCCAGGAGUUGGAGUUCUUUGACUGCUCCAUGUUGAGCGACGACCUGUUCCGUCAGUUGGGCCAGAUAGUGCAGCAGCGAGCAUUCCUACCGGAGUCUGUGCGAGGCGUGAGCCGGGCGUGUGAGUCCCUGUGCCGCUGGGUGAGGGCAGUGUACCAGUACGCCUGUGUCCAGCGCCACAUGGCCCCCCAGGAGGCCCGGAAGAAACAGCUGGAAGUGCGCAUGGCGGAGAGCCGUGCCCGGCUGCGUGUGGCCAGGCUGCAGGAGGAGGAGGCCCGGGAGCAGCUGGAGGACAUGGAGAGACAGCAGCAGUUCCUCAGAAUGGACCUGGAGGAGCUGACCGCCCAGCUGCGUAAGGCUGAGACCCUGGAGAGAGAGGCUGCUGCUGCAGUACAGCAGGUCCAGUGUCACAUCACUGACUGGACUGCUGCAGCAAAGGAGACAGAGAUGAAUAACCAGACCAUAUCAGGGGACGCUCUGCUCCUGGCUGCCACCAUCACCUACCUGGGUCCAUUUGUGCCAGACGUACGGAUGGUGCUAUUGGGGAAGUGGAGGGAGCUGUGUCUGUCUGGACACAUUAACAUCAACCCUGAGGACCCUAGGACCUCUCUACUCCCUAACUCUGCCUCCGUGGCCCCUGGGCCACCUGGAGCCCCGCUCCAUGUCCCCAUCCCUAUGGGAGCAGAGCUGCAGAUGGCCCUGGCUAGGGCUGUAGGGGUGGACCAACGCCUGGUGCUCGGGGUGCCUCCCAGGCUGGUGCUCAAGCUGCUGCUGUGGGGAUACAGAGGCCCCUGGGCUCAACACUGGCCCCUGCUGGCAGACGCUCAGCAACAUGAGGAGAUGAGUGCCCAGGCCAUGCUGCUGACAGGCCAGCUUCCAGGGGACGACACCACAGCUCAGAGGGAGGGAGAGUAUGAGCUUGUGGUCAGUGCUGAUGACCCAGACCUGCUGGACAAAGUCAGGCAGGGUGCAGAGAAAGGAUUGAGGGUGUUGGUGACCCACGUGGAGCGAGCAGUCCCCAGCCCAGAGUUCCUGGAGGUGUUGGUGCGGCCGGCAGGGAGCCGUUCUCCUGGUCUGAGACGACCUGUUCAGACGGCCCAUCCAGAGUUUUGCCUGUUCCUCAGCACCCCACUACCAGUCAGACUCAUACUCAAUGAGAUUCACCCGUCUAUCCUGUCUGAGGUGCGUGUCAUUGACCUCUCUCUGAGCUCCACUGAGGUGCAGGAGCUCAUGUUGACAGAGUUGGUGCAGUCCGAGUGUCUGGAGCUGUGGGUUCAGCAGUGUCUCGUCAACACCGACAAGAAGGCACUGCAGGACAAACUGUGCCAGGAAGAGGUCUCUCUAAUGGAGUACAUCCUCCAGUCCUUCACCCCUCUGCUGCAGGACCCCGAGUUCCUCCCCCGGGUGUCGGCCUGUCAGACAGCCUGCCAGAAGCUGCAGGCUGAGAUUAUGGAGCUGAGCCUGGAGCUGGAGCGCCACAAGCCCCUCCUGGCUGACUUCCACAGAGUGGCAGGGCUGGCCACAGCCCUCUACCAGGCCUUGCAGGAGGUGGCACGCCUCUCCCCCUUCUACUUGUUCCCCCUGAGGAACUUCCUGUUCGCUGUGAGGGGGACGUUAGUCCUGAAGGGCCGGCCAGAUGUUACCUUUAGUGGAGAGGUAGUGACAGCGGCGGUCAUGGCAGAGAUCACACAUAGGAUGGUAUCUCACCUGUUAGCCCAGUACCGGCCCUGCCUGUUCCAGAGCCAUGCGACCCUGCUGAGGCUCCUGGUGUCUGUGGCUCUGUUCCUGCACAACGAGGGCUGCUCAGAGGUGGAGCGGUUGGCUUUCCUCAGGGGCCUAGGAGAGAUGGACCUCCCAGUAGAUGCUUCCACACCAGCCUCACCUCCACCAUCUACCUCUCCAUCUCAGCAUCAUGUGCUCCUCGGCUGGAUGCCUCCUCACACCCACACAGAGGUCCUCCGGCUGCAAAACAUCCCAGCCUUCAAAGGGCUGCUCUCAUCCCUGGCCACCUCUCCCAGCCAGUGGCAGGAGUACCUGCGCUUCCCCUCUUCCACAGUGGUGGGGCCUGUCCCCUGUCACUCUCACUCCCACCUGUCCACGCUGCAGAGGGCUCUCCUCUGGAAGACCAUGCUGCCCCACUCGCUGGCUGCUGUGGCUGAGGACCUGGCUGCCUGUCACCUGGGCCAGCCCGUGCAGUCAGCGGUGACUGGGGCCCCUCACACCGGCUCCCCAGAGGCCCUCUCCCGCUUCCUGAACAAACACGAUGGGCCAGUCAUAGUCACACUCCCAGGCCCAAGCAGAGAUGGAUGGGCUAGCAUCCAACCACUUCACUGGCUAAAACAAGUGUCCCAGUACCAAGCAGACAAAAGAGAGGUGAAAGUCAUAUCAUUUGGAGCUAAAUGCCAGAAGGAGGCCAUCCUCUCAGCACUGAAGAUAGCUGUCCACGAUGGCCAUUGGCUGGUCUUUAACAACUGUCAUCUGUUGGAGCAAUGGGAUGAGGAAGUGAUGUGUCAACUCAAUCAGUUGAUAUCCUGUGCAGCCAAAGGGCACCAAACAGAUGUGGAGACAGAGGGCCUCAUUCCAGUUGGGCUGUGUGCAGGUAGUCGGGUCCACUCACGCUUCAGACUGUGGUUUAUCACACGAGGAUUCACCCCACUCUCCAUCCCAGCGUCGAUGAGAGUGUGUGCUCUACGUCUGGUCUGUGACUCUCCCUGGGAUGUGAAGGAGGAGCUGUGCUCUUCUCUGCGUCAGGUUGUGUCUGUCACUCUGUCUGCCCCAUCCUCUGGUGUCACAGCCUGCACCAUGGAACCAAUGCUACGCGCUGCCAUCCUGCACUCUGUCCUGCUGCAACGACAGGCAUACAAAUACCUAGGCCAGGGAAACAUCUAUCACUGGACUCAGGAGGACCUGCUGGCGCUGGUGGAUGCUCAGGUCCGCAUCGCCAAAGUCUGUGGCGACCCAACUGGGGCGCUGGAGUACAUAGCAGCCAACCUGGUGUAUGGAGGCCAUGUGGCAGACCUGGCAGACCUGGAGGCAGUGGAGAGUGUGUCUAGGGCCUGUCUCAGAGCAGCACCUCCUCUCUGGGGUAGUGGGCCUCACACUCUCUCAGAUAUCAUCCACAUACCUGGCCGCUUUGACUUAUCAGGCCUGCUGCAAAGUCUGGAGCAACGUGUUCAGGCUUUGGCCAACACCAGCGACCCCUUGGUGUUGGGCUUUAGUGCUGGUUUGGCAGGAGAGCUGGUGAAGGUUCACAGCCGCACCCUGAACACUCUGCUUCAAGACUCCCAGAAACCCUUUGGCAGGGUCAGGAGCACCAACGAGCUGACCCACCCUGCUCUGCUGCCCGACUUCAACCAGGCCCGGGACCGGCUACUGGCCCUGAAGGAAAGUCUGGGACGCAUGGAUGACAUCAGGGUUGUGAGUGUAGGAGCUCCAUCCCUGGGACCCCUACGCAACUUCCUCCAGGCAGAGUGGGACGGACUGGUUGAUGUGGUUUCCUCCCUGCACUCUGAGCUCAACCAGCCCAUGCGAAACAGCAAGCCUACAGUCUCCUCUCUACUGAACGUCUCAAGCCUGUUCCGCCUAGAAAGGAGAGCAGAGCUGCUCAAGGCGUACCUAUGUGAUGAGGCCACAAGUGGUCCUUCCAAUGCCUACCGCCUGUCUGCCUUCUCCAACGCCAGGGGCUUUCUGGGCGCGUUAAUCAGGGAGGCUGCCCAUGCCAAGCAGAGGGACAUCAGCAACGUCUCUCUGCAUUUCCAAGUGCUGAGUGCUGCAACAUCCCCAGCCUCUCUUCCCCUGAGCGGUGUGUAUCUGUGUGGACUAGAACUGAGAGGGGCACUGUGGGAUACGCGGCUAGGAGCCCUGCAGGACACGCUAUCUCCUCAGCCUUGCAUACUCCCCCUCCUCUGGGUCAGAGCACGGGUGAGGAACACAGACACUGUCCGAGCCCCAGACAGCCCCCCCUGCAACACCUCCUCCCUGCCCCUCUACCACUGUCCCCUCUAUCUGGACGGAGAGCAUGGGGACCGUAGAUACUGGGAACUGGCUGAGAAUAACAUUAUUGCCCGUGUCCCUCUAGUGGCCAAGCUAGAUCCUGUGCUAUGUACACUGAGAAGAGUGAGGCUUGUGAGUACCCUGUGAGACUAGACAA